CCCGCUCGUCGCCCGACUCAAAGAUGGCGGCGGCCGCGGCGGGGCUGAGGCGGUCGGCCCGGGGGCUGCUGCGCUGCCCGGCUGUCUUUCGAAGGCAGCUGUAUCAGUCUCAGCGGGCCUUCCAUCCUGCACUGGCACUGCAAAGAGCUUCAGAAGAACAGAAACAGCCCCCCUUCCCACCUCCCGGUCAGCAAUAUUCAGCAUAUUCACCCAUAGAAGAAAAGCAUCCAAGCUCACACCCCAGCUACACAGAUCAGGGGGGUGAAGAAUCGGAGGGCCACGAGAGUGAGGAGCAGAUACAGAAUCGGAUCCUGACAGCAGCUCUGAAAUUUGUGCCCACUUAUGGCUGGACAAUGGAUGCAAUUGCAGAAGGAGCGAAGUCCGUAGGUCUCUCUGUUGCUGCAGCAGGGCUGUUUCACAAUGACGGCAGCGAACUGAUUCUCCACUUUGUGUCCCGGAGUAACUCCAAACUCUCAGAACUUCUUGAGGAACAGCACAAGCUGGUACAACUUGGCCAACUGGAGAAGAAGAAAACAGACCAGUUUAUAAAGGAUGCUUUAGAAGCCAGGCUGAGAAUGCUCAUUCCAUUUAUUGAAAAAUGGCCUCAGGCUAUGAGUGUGUUGCUGAUGCCACACAAUAUUCCAUCCAGCUUCAACCUGCUUGCCAACAUGGUGGAUGACAUCUGGCAUUAUGCAGGAGAUCAGUCUACCGAUGUUAAGGCAACCGGAGAGGCCCUCCUUCAGGGACUUAUGGGCGCUGCUGUUACUUUCAAGAAUCUCAGCGGCCUGAACCAGCGUCGAUGAAGCAAUUAGCCGUUAGUUAGGAGUCUUUGAGCAUCUCUUCUGAGACUAGCAAAGAAACGGUGUCCUAUAAAUUUCAUCACAAGAAUGUGAAACUGUCCCUUAUUCUGUACCACCGUCAAAACAAACACACUGUCUGAUGCAAAAACCUUGGACUUUAUUUUUGGAGCAUGUGGAAUCGUUGGCCACCAAUUGAAGAUCUCUUCGACCAACGGCGACCUAAAAAAAUCAAAUUCUGUUUUUAACCAAAAACGGGUUUCUUUUGAGAAAAUGAUGGAAGGGUGAUAGAAGUAUUUGGGUUCAAAAUUCUUUUAGAACACCCUUUUCAUUUUCUCCACGUGGAUAUCUUAGGGUGUCUUAGCCACAAACAAACUUAGGUUGUAUUGGUGGAAUUGGCUAAAUUAUCUCCCAGCAUCAGUGGCAGCUCUUCUCAGUUUAAAACCCAGUAUUCUGCUCUGCUGUUUGUUGACAGUGUAUUUAUGGCGCUCUUGUGAAUAUAUAUUUUCCUGUACAUUUGGACACGUCUGUAUGUUCAUUAAAAAUAGUGAGCAUU